UCCUCCUCCUCCCUCCCUCUCUCCUGUGCUCUUGGGGUUCUUUUGUCUCCCACGGACGUGAAUUCCAUAUCCUCCCAUUUCUAUGGCUAUGGAGAUUAGCUCCAAAGGCCCCUUUACUCUGCCAUUGUCGCCCGUAGGGGUUCAUCCUUCUGCCUGAGGCCUCGACGCAAAAGCAUCCCUCUUCUUUCUGGGUAACUCCGGAGAAGGAACCAAAUAAAUUGCCACUUAGCGUCAGGGCAAAGGCGCUAGUGUCCUCUCUUUGGGGUGCUAUGAGCUAAUCCUCCUCUGCAUGCCAGAUUAGGAAGUGUUCUUUUCCACACAGAGAGAAACCCACCGAAUUAACAAAGGAAAGGAAAGGAGCAGUAUCGUUUGUUUUAUCCAGGAUGGCCGCUUGCGGAGGCACCACCAAGAAUAGGCUCACGGUAAAUAAACACGUCUGGGACUUCUUGACUAAGGAAAGCCCAGCCAAGCUGGUUAAGCUGAAGGAGGAGAACAAGGUUGGCAUCUUAAUUGAUGGCGAGACCUCUGAGAUCUACGUGCUGCAGAUCACCUUGCCUGCCCACGGGCCGAGCAACGGCCUCUACCUGGCCCGCAAAGCCCUCAAAGCCCUGCUCAAGGAGACGGAGAAAGAGCUGAAGAAGGCCCAGCGCCAGAGCGAGCUGAUGGGCUGCAUGGCCUUAAUGGAGAAGAGCCGAGAGCACGGGGCUGUGGAGCUUCACCGCCGAGGGGCUGCAUUGAUAUCCAGAGGGCAGCAGACCUCCGGGCCCAGAGUGGUCAGUGGCAGCGGAGGUGUGGCCAGCUGCUCGUGGGGAGGGGAGGAGGAACAGGACAGCCAGUGCCCCAUCUGUUUGGGGGAGAUCCAGAACAUUAAGACUCUGGAGAAGUGCAAGCACUCCUUCUGCGAGGACUGCAUCACUCGCGCCUUGCAAGUCAAGAAAGCCUGCCCUAUGUGUGGGCGUUUCUAUGGGCAACUGGUGGGCAACCAGCCGGAGAACGGGCGCAUGCUGGUCUCCAAGGACUCAAGCCUGCUCCUCCCUGGCUAUGAGAAAUAUGGCACCAUCAUCAUCCAGUAUGUCUUCCCACCUGGCAUACAAGGAGUGGAGCAUCCCAACCCUGGUGUCCGCUACCCAGGUACCACUCGUGUGGCCUACCUGCCCGACUGCCCCGAAGGCAACAAGGUGCUGGCGCUGUUCCGCAAGGCCUUUGACCAACGCCUCACUUUCACCAUCGGCACCUCCAUGACCACAGGCCGAGCCAACGUCAUCACCUGGAACGACAUCCAUCACAAAACCAACUGCACCGGUGGACCACAGUUGUUUGGCUAUCCUGAUCCUACAUACCUUGCUCGGGUGCAAGAGGAACUGCGGGCCAAGGGCAUCACCAAUGACUGAUCUUGCUCCCUGCCACUGUGUCUCCAGGAAUGGUGUGUUGUUUCUGCCUGGUCCAGCAAUUGUGGCGAAAGCGUCCUCAUCUCUCGGAGCAAACCGUCUCACAGUGUGAUCUUGACCCAGGAUGCAAAGUGCUGGGCAUUCUGAGAUGACAUUUUGAAUGGGAUUUCUUGCUUGAAGGAGUUGGGAACAGAGGCGUGGGGAAGGCUGUGUUAGAGACAUGCAUUUGGAUUGGCUGGGUUAGAAAGUUCAAGUCAAUCUGCACAUUACACAGAAUGAGUGAGUUGGUAGGAGUCCUGGACUGUACCACUUCAAAAUGCUUGCAGGGAGGGGUCUUGUUUUUAUUUGAUGACAAUAUGUUGUGUGGGUUUAAAUAACAUUAAUAAUAAUAAACUCCAUAUCCAGGCAUGUAAUAAACAAGCAUGUCAGGAAGAGAGUUACAGUAAACCUUUCCCCCUGAUGUGCUAGACUGCUGCAUUUAUUUGUUUAGAAGAAUUUAUAAACUGCUUAAUCAAAACUCUCCUAAGUGGUGUACACAAACAGUGUAAAAUAAUUAUCCGUGAUAUACAGAUAAAAUUAGCAUAAAUUUAAAAACAAAUACAACUAAAUUAUAUGUUUGGAUAGGCUUGCUGCUUUUAAAAGAUGUCUAAAACAGUGUAAUGACGGUGCUUGCCUAACGUUAAUACAAGCAGGUUUGUUGGUUGUCUUACAUGGGAGAGCAUUCGCAAAUAAGAUCACCACUGACACCAGCAACCUGUAGUAACACAGUCCAGAAUUCUACCACUGCAUCUUGCAUCAUAGUAAUUUCAUUACUUGGACCAAAAUAGAUGUGACAAAGGGCCCAUGAUGUUUUAGGUUUGCUCCUGUGUUUGGACCAUUCACAUUUUGAGAGGGGAGUUGUUUGUUUGUUUGUUUGUUUACAUCAAAGAGAGCCUGCUGGUGAGAAGAGCCAAGCCUUUCCUGCCUCAUGCUUCAGGCAUUUUUUUACUUCAGCCAGGGUUGAUUCUGGUAAUAACAGCCAGGCUGGAAAAAGAACUUCAGGGAGCUUAGCCACAGUAGGGUUCUGCCAUAGGCAUAGGUGCAGGGGGGGCAGCUUUCCCCCAUCAAGUAAAUAAAUAAAAAUACUUGACUAGCUGACCAAUCGCACCACAGAUAGCUCAGUUCUGCCCCCCCCCCCAACAUAAAUCCUGGCCACACACAUGGGUUAUGCCCUGCACUCCACCUAUGUGUCCCUGUUGAUGUUAAAAAUUGACCUCUGCAGCCCUGUUUCUAUUAUGUUGGCCUUUAGUAGGUUUGGGAGGAAAACUGCUGGUGUGAAGAAGGCACACCCAUAAAAAUUAGAGUGAACUGAGAGCAGUAUAGCGAGAGAAAGCAAGCGAAGGAGCACAGUGUGUCUAUCUUUUUGAGAAAAAUCAAUGGCUUACCCAGAGUGUCCAUGGCAGAUGUUGGAUUUUAAAUCCAGGUCUCCCACCUGUGAGGACAUUGUUAUAUCCACUAGAUCACACUGGAUCUCAUGUUCCUACUAUGGGCAAGGGGUAGGGUUCUGUUCUUCCCAUGAGGAUGCCAAAAUAAGGCCAAAAUCCUCUCUGCACCUUCAUUCCACUCCCUCUGUGCCCUCUGUGCUCGCAGAAUGUUUAACACUUUUGGGACUGCCUAUUACAGGCAUCCCCAAAACAUAUGGAGGGCCUAUUAGAAUAAAUUUAAACAAAAUGCACUUGUAGAAUUUGUAUCAUUUGGGCGCAGAAUGUAUAGUCCCUGGGGUUUGGCUUGGAGUGAGUGGGAAGCAGAAUUAGCAUGGAUUUGUUUUGGGUAACUGAUCAAAGGUGGAGAAAGAGGCCUAUGUGCUGGGACUUUUCGUACACAGCCUCUUGUUCCUUUCAAGCCCCUUGCUGGUCAGUGAGUGGCUCUGCCAUCUUGGCACCCCACCCACCCAUCAUUCCCUGUGCUGCUAAUCUCCAGGAUCGGCAUCAACCCCAACUUGGUGGAACUUUCUGGAAACAUUGGGACUGUCCUUUCGUGUAGAAAGCAGCGGCUCCUCAACUCUGGGCACAGGCAACAUGCCCACCUGCCCUGUGGAGAGGAUGGGUGGCAACGUUCGUGGACCAUGCCUUGUGUGUAUAUAUAUACAUAUAUACCUUCUGUGCUGGCAUAUCAGCUGUUGUGUAUUUAUUCAAACCAAGUCCUGUUUGGGACAAAUCGUGUCGUUUGGGACUUGGCCAGUUUGGGACUGUUUACCCUUGUUGGCUGGCCUGUACGCUCUGGACUUUGGCGCCUACCUGUUGUUGAGUGUUUGUGGGGGACAUCUCUUGGCUAAAGGUGUGCCUGUCGCCUCUGGCAGAGACAAAUUCCAAGACAAAUCUGUCUCCUCUGGGCAAGAGCUCCCCUCAGAUGCACAGUUUGGGCAGUGGAGCUUUCUUUGCUGUUUUAAAGAGUUACCUGAAAAUAUGACACUUGUUCUCUUGAUCUUUUCUGAAAAUAUGUGCUGCGGUUAUGCUUGUGUUUAUUAUUAUUUUGAUAAGGGGAUGGCAUUUUUCCCCUUCAGCCUCACUAAUAAGUUUGCAAGGCCCAGAGUGCUUCUUACCCUGCCUACCUACACUUCCUUAUUACUUAAUUACUGCCCUUCACCUGGUGACUUACAUUUUCAAACAAUGUAAUGUACAGUCUGAUAGACAUAAUAGAAGCAGGAAGGGGAGAGGGGGAACAGGGCCGGCUCUAGGUAGACCCCCGGUGGCGCGGUGUGACAUGGCGCCGGGCCGGUAGGCAGGGCGCCGCACGGAAACCAUGCUGCGCCCUGCGAGGGCGGGGGCGCCGGAGCGAUCUCUACCCCUCAGUGCCAGGGCGCGCGACCUACUUGAGACUGCCCUGCGGGGGGAAAGGCAGAUUCAGGUAUCAAUGAGGGGAGGGACACAAACUGCAGUCCUAACUAAGCUGAUGGAGAGUGGGUCUCUUACAUCUGAUAUACCAGCAGCUUUUAAGCAAGAACUGGUUCUUUGUUUUCAAAAUGCUCCUUGCUUGUUCAGCUGGAGAGGAUUCUUACUCUUGGUGACCAAGUGAGUGGCUGUAUAGAUUUUUAGAUUGAUGACCUGCUGGCACGUAAUAAAUAAGUUUUCCAAUUUAAUAAUCCAAUACAAACCACAUUAAAACAUUCCAAAUUUCAAUAAAAAAGCCAAAUAUAAAUGCCAAAUUUUAUAUCUUUAAAAAACAUUUCAAAACCAGGUAUUUCUCACCUCAAAUUUUCUUUUCCCUUCAGUAUCCCAGCACCUUACAUGUUAUCAGCUCUUGGGGGUGGGUGGGUAUCUUAGCAUAGCAUUCCUAUGAAUGCUUAAAGCAGAGCCAGGGCACCUCCAGAAGUUGCUGGGCUCUUGACACCAAUCAUCUCUAAUCUCACUCGACAUGCUGGUUGGGCUGAUGGCAGCUGGAGUCCAUCACCAUCUGGAGGGCCAUAGGUUGCCCACCCCUGACUUAAAGCCUCAUUGAAAAGGAGACUGAUUGGCAGGGGGUUGGACUGGAUGGCCCUUGUGGUCUCUUCCAACUCUAUGAUUCUAUGAAACAUGACACCAGAUCGAACUACAUGUCUCAUGCAAAGGAGGGAGCAGCAAGCAAAAAAUGGAAGCAACUUGUAAUAAAUAGCUUAUUGCCAGAUGAAAACCUUAAAAAAUCCUUCAUAAACAGCAAAGCAAGACUUAAAAGACCUAGCUGUUUGGAUAUGAGGCACAAUGUUGUUUCUUUCAUUGCACAUGGAAUAUAUUUUGCACAGUUUGGAUCCCUGCAAGUAUCUGCUUCUUGCCUUAAAAAAACAGUAACUAAAAACUCCAGUUUCUAGCUCCUGGGAUAAGUUUCAGCAUAUUGUCUGCACUCCCCACACCUUACUGGUUUGUUGCUGAAUGUGCACUCAGAUGGCCUGUGAAAUUCCUGUGGCCUGCAGAGCUUUGUUGUGUUAAAUUUCUGUUACUUAACCACUGUUUCUAAACCACUGAGCCUCUUGGGCUUGCUGAUCAGAAGGUCGGUGGUUGGAAUCUGCGCCAUGGGGUGAGCUCCCUUUGCUCAGUCCCAGCUUCUGCCAACCUAGCACUUCAAAAGCACACUAGUGCAAGUAGAUAGAUAGGUAGCACUGUGGCGGGAAGGUAAAUGGUGUUUCUGUGCGCUCUGGCUUCUGUCACAGUGUUCCAUUGCGGCAGAAGCGGUUUAGUCCUGCUGGCCACUUGACCUGGAAAGCUGUCUGUGGACAAACGUCGGCUCCCUCAGCCUGAAAAGCAAGAUGAACACUGCACCCCAUAGUCGCCUUUGACUGGACUUAACCGUCCAGGGGUCCUUUACCUUUAACCUUACAUGUUCCUCAGGUGCCAGGGUGACCUGUCCAAUUCCACACAGCUCAGGGUACCUGUGCCAUGAUCUUCCUACAGUGCAGCCCUAUACCUGUUUACUCAGUGGAGCUUACUCCCAGGUAAGUGCACAGGAUUGCAGCCUUGGCCUAUCUCGCUGUUUCAGGAAUGGGAAUGCUAUCUUUGCCAAAUGGGCCUCUCGUUUGGCAGGGGUGGGGGGUACACAAACUGGAGGCCCAUUUCACAAAGUGCCUGAACACUCUUCAAAUGGAGGUAUUCAGGGCUGUUGAGAUCUGGGGUCAAUAAAACUAUGCAGAAACCUUAAACAGGAGGUGGAAGUUAAUUUAGGAAUAAGGAGCUGGUCUAAUCCAAACCACAGAAUUCAGCAGCUUGCUAGUAGUAAACUUGCAAGGGACUUUUGGUAUCUCCCUCCUUCAUGAGAAAGAGAUUUCAGUGAUUCUCGAGGAGAUCUUUAUUAAUGACAUCUGGUCACUUUCUCAGCCUGAUACUUCCUGCGUCUUUUGCUCUGCUCUUCCUAUUUCCUCCCUCAGCAGCUGAGUCCUGCUCAGGACAAAGUUUUAAAACACAAGUGUAUAGCAUAGCUGCCAAGUUUUCACUUUUCUCGUGAGGAAGCCUAUUCAGCAUAAGGGGAAAUCCCUGUAAAAAAGGGAUAACUUGGCAGCUAUGGUGUAUAGUUAACAGGAUAAAACAGGACCUCGAGCUCUGUCUAGUUCAAACCCUUCAACAAAGGAAGUCACUGCUGCAGCGACCAUGUUUAAUCUCAAACAGCAGCCUUGGAGCUUCAACUGAAAGGGAUUUAUUAUUUCUUUUAAACUAGUGGCUCCGCUCAACAGCCGCUGCCAUUCCCCUCACAUCAACCCCUGGAGCGUCUCCUUCCCACCCUCAUGCAACUAGUGAGCUUGAUGUGCUUGAAAUGAGAGAGAUGUUCACGCAUAUGUGGGGAAAUUAAGAAUUCAAAAUUUGCCUCGGGAGGUUUCAGACUGAACUGUUUCCAGUAAUGGCCAGCUAGAUUUCCCAGGGAACCUCCUAAGCAGAGCAAGAUGGAGUUGGUCCCAGCAUUUCUCCACGUUAUCUGGUAGCUGAAUAUCUAGUUAUUUCUGAUCAUGGAGGCACCAUUUUGGCAAUUGUGUUUUAUAACCCAGCUAAACCAAAUGUCCCUGAAUGUGUGGUCAUCACCACAUCUUGAGGCAAUAAAUCCACUAAGUGAAUUGUAUCUUGUGUGACAAAAUAUUUCCUUUCCUUUCUCAUUUCUUGGAAUUGUUGCAUUGUUUACCCUGCCUGAGCCUCUGCUGAAAGUACCCUGAGAAGAGCUGUUGCCAAUGAUCCAUUUCCACAUGCUCUCUGCCACUUCAGUAUUAAAUUAAACUUAGUUUGCAAUUCUGUGCCUACUUGAGCAUUAGCCACAUUGAACUCAUGUGACUACAUUCGAGUGGGACUCAUGUUCUUACUGGGAGAAUGCAGUGAUAUUCAGACGCACCCAGGGAUUCCUGACUCUGAGUUCUGGACAUUAUAGCCUCAUUCACACCAUACAUUUAAAACACUAUGAUGCCAAACGGGUCAUGGGUUCCCCAAAGGAUUAUGGGAGCUGUAGUUUGUUAAGGGUGUUGAGAAUUGCCAGGAGACUGCUUAUUCUACAGUUCCCAGAGUUCCCUGUGUCAGGGGAUUGAUUGGGAAUUCACCUUGGGAAUUGUAGCUCUGUGAGGAGAAUUGGCAUUAGCAAAUUACAGCUCCCAGAAUUCUUUGGUGGAAGCCAUGCCUGUUUAAAGUGGUAUCAUAGUGACAUGCUGUGAAUGUGGCCUAUGUUGAUAUUUCUGGGAUUUGAUGUAAAGGCUUUGGUCUUCCCCAAAAUAAAUAGGGCAAAUGUGACCGUUUUAGAAAAUCUGACAUGUGCUGGAUUCCCUUGCCAUUAAUAAUAAUUGAUGAAUUGCUUCUCAAAACAUUUCACAUGACAAUAAAUACUUAUAUAAAGCAAUAACACUUUUAAAAGAAUAUGGGAUAAAGCAGGACCUGGCAAGAUUUUGUUUUAUUAUACCAACCUUCUCCAACUGGGUGUGCUCCAGAUGUUGUUGGACUACAACUCGAACCAGCCCUAGUGUGCAUGCACACAAAAGCUCAUACCAAUAACAAACUUAGUUGGUCUCUAAGGUGCUACUGGAAGGAAUUUUUUUAUUUUGUUUAGCCCUAGCCAUCACAGACUGCUUAAUUUCCAGUCCUGCAAUUUUUUAAACCACAAAUGUCCCAGUUCAUUUUUUGUGCUGUUUUUGUUGCACAGUCUUGAAGGAGUGUCCCUCCAGACAGCAAUAUUGCAGUAAGAUUGGGGAUGCAUUGCAUAACAAAUAAAACUGAAUGGUGUGUGGACAGUCCAGUAUAAAUUUAGCACUAAUGCGUUAUUAUUUUGUCAGUUACAUACACUGCCACAAAGAACAACUAACCCUCCCCCAACCCCUGGCAAUCUGGAGUGGCCCCUCAUUUAGCCUACCCAGCUAACAUUUCCAGCUUUGCAUUUGCUCCUCUGAGGCCAACCAGAAGCAAAAUAAAUUAAGCAUUCCCCAUUGAUGUGCUGUGUUCUAUCAGCAGGUGGCACUAUGAAGUCAAGCAAUCCCCAGUCAAGGUGCAUGACUUGCAGGGAGAC